UGUGAGAGUGUGUGUGUGUGAGAGAGAGAGUGUGAGUGAGAUUGUGUGCGAGUGUGUGAGAGAGUGCGAGUGUGUGUGUGAGAAAGAUUUUGUGAGUGUGAGAGAGUGUGAGUGAGAUUGUGUGAGAGAGAAAGAUUGUGUGUGAGAGAGAGAGAGAGAUUGUGUGUGUGUGAGUGUGAGAGAGAGAGAGAGAGAGAGAGACUGGCCUCGAAUCCAGGGUGAAUCAGAGCUGCAGUGACAGAGUAAACACGAGGUGUCGCUGCUGACUCACUUUUAACCCCCAGACCACGAGCUCCAGCCUCUCAGAUCAUCACUCAGAGACACCGAGAAACAGAAGAGCUGCAUCAGAUCUGUUCGCUUUUGUAAGUGGCCUUAUUUUGGCAGCCACCACCUGGACCCGAUGGCGGAGAGCGACUGGGACACGGUGACUGUGCUGAGGAAGAAGGGCCCGUCUUCAGCACAGGCCAAAUCCAAACAGGCUGUCACUGCUGCCCAGAGGCGUGGAGAAGAUGUGGAGACCACCAAGAAAUGGGCAGCAGGACAGAAUAAACAGCAUGUGGUGACUAAAAACACGGCCAAACUGGACCGUGAGACAGAAGAGCUGCACCAUGAAAGAGUGACGCUGGAGGUGGGCAAGGUCAUCCAGCAAGGCCGCCAAGUAAAGGGAAUGACUCAGAAAGACCUGGCUACUAAAAUUAACGAGAAGCCUCAGAUCAUCGCUGACUACGAGUGUGGAAAAGCAAUCCCCAACAACCAGAUUAUGGGCAAGAUCGAGAGAGCACUUGGAUUGAAGUUGCGUGGGAAAGAUAUUGGACAGCCCUUGGAGCCCAAAUCCAAGAAGAAAUGAGGACAAAGCCUCGAAAUCAGCCCCUCCCCUCCCUUCUCCUCUCUUCCCUCAUACCUAUGCAUCACACUACAAAUAGUUCUGUCUCUCACACACACACACACACACACAAGCUUGAGUAUGAAUAGUGAUAUGGCUAAAAUGGCGUACAAAAAGUACCAUUUGCUGUAAUAUGGAGGUAACCAUGAACAUUUCUGCAGUGACCUGACUGUCUGCUGUAAUAUGAAACAAAUACACUGCCACCUAGUGUUUUGGAGGACAAACAUGAACCUCACCCAACAAUGAGCCUUUGGAAAAACUCUAACGCUGUGAGAGACAUAAAAUGUGCUUUAACUGCCUAAAUCUUUAAUCCCUCUGACCAUCCUGUGCUCCUCUUCCUCCUUCAUGGGCUGAUCUCACUGACGUCCUGCUCUUGGACUCGGUCUGCAUGCACAAGCUGCAUAAUAAAUAAACACAAACACCUUUUAAAAUAACAAAAGGACAACUAUCUAGCAAGACUUCAUAAAUCCUAAGUGCUGCGAUGAUUUUGAUAAAAGGACUGCUUGGGCAUGAAAACUUUUUUUUUUUUUUCCCUUUAUGCAAAAAUGUGAAAUUUCAUUAAAAUUGCCAAAUUCAUGCAGAAACACAAAUUGUAA